AUGGAUCCUCCGUGCAAGCAGGAUGCGGAGGAAUCGGCCUCAUCCUCCCUCCCGGACGAGCUGAUCGAGGAUAUCUUCGCGCGGAUGCCGGCCAAGUCGGCGCAGCGCUGCCGCUGCCUCUCCCGCGCCUGGGCCGCCACGCUCUCCUCCCGGUCCUUCGUAGACCGCCACCUCCUACUCGCCAACCGCCGUGGAUCUCUCAGGCUCUUCAUCCUCCCGGAGUUGGGCACGGACACCGACACCACGAUGCACGGCUGGUCGCCCGGCCGCCCCAUGGUCGUUCUCCGUCGCGAGGAGCGCCUCCGCGGCGCGGUUUCCGUUACCAGCCAGUGCCGCGGUCUCGUCGUCCUGAAGUCAACCGGGCUCGUGGACGUCUUCAUCUACGGCGACUCGAGCUGCAAUCCGGACUACUACGUGUGCAACCCGUCCACCGGUCAGAUGACCACUCUCCCCAGGGGCAAGGAGGCCUUCGGCCUGUUCCCGCAUAACCACGACGUCUUGGGGAUUGGCUAUGACGCAAGCAUCCAGAAGCACAAGGUGGUGCGCCUCUACUGCCGUGGGCUGCUCCCUCCAGCUUGUGAGGUCUAUGUACUCAACUCCUCUUCGGGACAUUGGCGGCCACCUUUCGGUGCAGCUGACAGGGCGCUGCCACCGGGCUUUGCAAGAAGUCUCUGCACUGACCAAAGUGUCUUUGCGCAAGGGCACCUUUACUGGGCAGCCCAACCGCACAGGAAGUUUAACUCCCAGAGGAUCAUUAUAUCCUUCUCGAUCAGUGAUGAGGUGUUCGAGAUCUUGCCGCCACCGCCCAUGGAUAUGUUCCCCUGUCAGAUAACCGAGCUCGACGGGUGCCUCUGUGUCUUCAACAACACCGAUAAAUACAAGCACUCAUAUGACCUCUGGGUGCUAAGGGACCACCGGGCAGGGACUUGGGAUCUCCAUUGCCGCAUUGCCCUGGACAUGGCACCGCUGGCAGACACUCAGUUGAUACGCUCCCAGGAGGUCAUCCCGCUUGGCAGUGUUGAUGAUGGUAGCGGCAUACUGCUCAGACCGGAUCCUCAUAGUAUCUGGAAAGAAAAUUUGGAGGCCCACCGACUUCAUGUAUACAGACCUGUGACCGGAGAUGUGGAGGACCUCCUCGGCGAUGACAGUGUAAUCACUCACCACACCAUGGCCCGGAGAGUUGCAGUACCAUAUGUGGAAAGCCUUGAGUCCACCGCUUUAUCUGAUACUAAACGCCAAUCAUGAGAGAUCAGGAUGAUACCCUGUGGUGCUUUUGGUGGGUCUUUCGCUGCAUAUUUGUUCCCAAAGUAAUGGGAAAAGGCAAGUUUCGUUGAAGUGACUGUUACACUUGAAUGUCUUUCCUAUCUACUAGUACUUGCGUGACUAUUUUCUUGGUUUCCAAAUAAGAUUCACCUCUUCAACUACAUAAAUGCCACGUGCUAAGUAAUUUCAUUAUCUUCUAGAGAUCGGUACCAUGUGGUGCUUUUGGCGGAUCUCCCGCUGCAUAUUUGGUACCAAAGAAAUGGAAAAACAGUAUGUUUUGUAAAAGA